UGUAGCAACCCGUUGCCGAGGGCACGCAAUCGAUUGUGAGCCACGGGACGCCGUCACCAAGACGCGAAGCACCCUGCAUAAUUCGACCAGACUCUGGCUCGGUUCCAUGGACUGGUCAAUUCUAGGGCGCGGGCCAGUUCACCCGUGGGCAGACAGUGCCCGUCGGAGCUCUGAUACGGGUUGCUUUGCACGGGUGAGGUUUCACGCACGCGUACUUCGUACAGCAGGGCCGUGUCGCGCAACGUCACGCCGUAGCGGCCAUCAUGAAUGAAGGGACACGCAGCCGGUUAUCCACAACGUCCAUGUGUUGUCGAUUUGUUGAUGGAGUCGCGGAGCCUGUGAGUAGAACUUCAUGCAGAGUGGGCUCUAUGUAGGGUAAAAGGUGCCUUUGCCGUGACGUGCUGGUCAAUGGCGGCCAUCCUUCGCAGCUGAGGAACGGACAUGCGUGGAACCUUGCAGUCAUACAUAACGGGAUAGUAUAUCAAACGCCGUCGCACUCUCUCGGGCACCCGCACUGUCAAGCGUGCUGGCGCAACACCGGCAGACACAGUCGCCCCGUUGAUGCCCACGCUGUUAACAUCUCUCUCGUCAGUGAGUGAGCCAACACACCUCCCCACCCCGCCCACGCCCACACACGUUCGCGGAAUGCAGCCCCACCCUCAGCUUACCCACGCCAGCUGAACCUCACCUCGCGCACCCCCACAACCUCGCAGCGACAUCACCGGCCCGCGAUCGCUUUCCAUACGCCCGGCGCAUCGACACCGACGUUCGCACACGCAUACCACCCGACGACUCGCUCGCUCUCUCAAGCGUGGGCUCAUCUGCCUUCACCCUCACGGACAGGCGCUCUUCCCGGCCCCGCCCUCGGCCGACAGCGCCAUGGACGGCCAGAAGCAGCAGCCAGCGCAGGUGCAGGCGCAGGCGCCGCAGAUCCAGCCUUGCCGGUACAAAGUUGGCAAGACGCUCGGCGCCGGCUCCUACUCGGUCGUCAAGGAGUGCGUUCACAUCGACACGGGGCGCUACUACGCCGCCAAGGUCAUUAACAAGCGCCUCAUGGCCGGGCGCGAGCACAUGGUGGGACCCGCGUGGCUGCAGGGGCAGAAGCCGACGAUGCUGACCAGACGGGGAUGCAGGUGCGCAACGAGAUCGCCGUGCUGAAAAAGGUGUCCAUGGGUCAUCAAAACAUCCUCACCCUGGUCGACUACUUUGAGACCAUGAACAACCUCUACCUCGUCACCGACCUGGCCCUCGGCGGCGAGCUCUUCGACCGCAUCUGCCGUAAGGGCUCCUACUACGAGUCCGACGCCGCCGACCUCAUCCGCGCAACCCUGUCAGCUGUCGCCUACCUGCACGACCACGGCAUCGUCCACCGCGACCUCAAGCCUGAGAACCUGCUCUUUCGCACGCCAGAGGACAACGCCGACCUGCUCAUCGCCGACUUUGGCCUCUCGCGGAUCAUGGACGAGGAGCGCUUCCACGUCCUCACCACCACCUGCGGCACCCCCGGCUACAUGGCCCCCGAGAUUUUCAAGAAGACGGGCCAUGGCAAGCCCGUCGACCUAUGGGCUCUCGGCGUCAUCACCUACUUCCUGCUAUGCGGAUACACCCCUUUCGACCGGGACUCCGACUUUGAGGAGAUGCAGGCCAUCCUCAACGCCGACUACAGCUUUACCCCCGUCGAGUACUGGCGCGGCGUCUCCUCCCACGCAAAGGACUUCAUCCGCCGCUGCCUCACCAUCGACCACACCCGCCGCAUCACCGCCCACGAGGCCCUACAGCAUCCCUUCGUCGCCGGCCAGGCGCCCUCGGACGGCGCCGGCGAGAACCUGCUGCCCACCAUCAAGAAGAAUUUCAACGCCCGCCGCACGCUGCACGCCGCCAUCGACACGGUCCGCGCCAUCAACAAGCUGCGCGAGGCCCAGCACCUCAUGGACGGCGCGCGGUCCGGCGAGCCCUCCCGCGCCGCCGCGCCGGCCCCCGCUCCGCGCAGCGAGGGCGCCAUCCACUUUGGCAAGGACGACAGCGGCUACGCGACCCAGCCCGACGGCGACGAUAUCAUCAUGGGAAACACUGCCGCCGUCGAGGGCGUCCCGGCUGUGCUGCAGCCCGGGAACCAGGGGAACCGCGUGGUCCAGACGAGCAAGGGGCUUUGGAGCGCGCCGGCGAGGUAGCCGAGGUGUGCGCGGAGGCUGUCGGUCGUGCUGGUUGCGACCGGAGCCUCUGCUCACGGGGUGAGACGGAGAAGGUAGCGUGCAACGAGAUUGUCUGGCGCCUUGGAGGGGGAUUUGGGGAGGAUGGAUGGAUGAGUUUGAAGUGAUGCUUGUGCAUAUGCUUGGCUAUUCCGAAUACCUCUCUUAUUCAAGCCUGACAUUACAGACAUGCCGUGAAACCAAAUAAACUUACCCCGCCGCGUGCGCUUGUGACGGCA